CGGGAGCUGAACCCAGCUGGAGCCUGAGUGAGCCUCAGUCCUCAUCCGCUGAGGUGGGGACCAGAUCCGUCCGUCUCGCUCCACCCGGCUCCACCCUGCCAGGCUCCCCAGAUCCCGCAGCAACCCUCCUGCCGCCACGUGGGACCGUCCGGCUGCGCAGUCCGUGACCCAGUACCUCGUCCACCUCGUAGUCCGAGAUGGCUUCAGUGACUGACAGUAAAACUGGAGUCAAAGAUGCCUCUGACCAGAAUUUUGACUAUAUGUUCAAACUGCUCAUCAUCGGCAACAGCAGUGUUGGCAAGACCUCCUUCCUUUUCCGCUAUGCUGAUGACACUUUCACCCCGGCCUUUGUUAGCACUGUGGGCAUCGACUUCAAGGUGAAGACAGUAUAUCGUCAUGAGAAGCGAGUGAAGCUGCAGAUCUGGGACACAGCUGGACAGGAGCGGUAUCGGACCAUCACUACAGCCUAUUACCGUGGGGCCAUGGGCUUCAUUCUCAUGUAUGACAUCACCAAUGAAGAGUCCUUCAAUGCUGUCCAGGACUGGGCUACUCAGAUCAAGACCUACUCCUGGGACAAUGCACAGGUUAUUCUGGUGGGGAACAAAUGUGACAUGGAAGAAGAGAGAGUUGUUCCCACUGAGAAGGGCAGGCUCCUUGCAGAGCAACUUGGGUUUGACUUCUUUGAAGCCAGUGCCAAGGAGAACAUCAGUGUGAGGCAGGCCUUCGAGCGCCUGGUGGAUGCCAUUUGUGAUAAGAUGUCUGAUUCGCUGGACACGGACCCCUCUGUGCUGGGUGCCUCUAAGAAUACACGUCUCUCGGACACCCCACCACUGCUGCAGCAGAACUGCUCAUGCUAGGCAAGGCCCACUCUCCAAGCCUACCCCUGUUGUGCCCCCAUGUGCACUUUGCUUCUCCUUGUUAUACAUUGUCCAUUCCUAGCCCCCAGCAAGCUGAGUUGCUGCUGUUCUUUGCCAUCCCCUGGGGAGUUCUCUGCAGGUGGCCCCAAUUACAGAUGCUCAGUACUAGACUAACAGCACAGGACAUGGCAUUGGUGGAGAUUCCCUUUAAAAACUCCAUUUUAUGAAGAGGAUUUAAAUCAGGGACUUGUGAAGAGUUUACUUUCUGCCUUUAUGAUGAGAUUUCCUCCAUUUACUAAAAUUUGUCACACACCCACACUUUUCAGGAGCUGGCCAAAUGUGUAAAGUGAGUCCUACCUCUACAGCUAAUCCUAUUAAAGAAAACUUCCCGAAGUACAA